AUUUUGAAAUCCAUUAACAAUGUGUAUGUAAGUUUGUGCUGGUUUAAAAUAGCAUAUUUAAAUAACAUACUAUAGCAAGUCAGGUAAAUAGAUUACGCGAAUUUUCAGUAUUUUCCCCAACUAAAAAUAGCCUACUGAAGAAAAACUAAACUUUUGCCGAGAGAGAGAGAGGGAGAAUUUUUUUUAACGUUUUGAUAGAUAUAGGUUGCAUAAUUUUCGCGAACACUGUACAUUGCAAGCAGCGACCUAGCCUAUCACAAACAAUUGCUGCACUGUCACAGUUAAGAAGCGCAAUGGGUAAAAGCUUUUCAGUGCAUUCCUUAAGUUGUUUCCCUCACAAUCAUUCGCCAUAACUUGUUUUCAGCGCUGGAACUUCUGAGUUGUAACUUUGUUGGGUAGAAGUUCAGAAGUUAGUGACGGUUUUUCUGUACACUAAACAUGUCCACCUUCGCAUAAUUGCGCGUACCAUAUGUCUAUUAAACUCAAACUCUUUAGAGAUGUCCUCUUACAACUCAAAUACAUGCACUUAUAUUUGUUUUGUAAGAAAAAAAAAACACACACAAGACUCCGAAGCCGCCCGACUCCCUGGUUCCCGUACAGACCAUUUUUACUUCACUGAACUCUGUGAUUAGCUGGAGAGAUGUCGUCAUCAGCGCUCCGAUUUUCCCCCCUUCCUAAAUGGAUGGGGCUGUCCUGGUUUAUGCACAGUUCAACAGAGGCCAAAAGAUUGGAACAACUCAUGAAUAUCCGUCAGUUUGGCUUUUAGAGUUACGCUCAGAAUGCUUGCCAGUUUCGCUGCAGCUACAGAUUGAAAGCUUGUCCCACAGACUGUGGGUCCAGGAAGAGGGCUCAUUGAAAGUUUACAUUACUUCUACUCCCGUUGGUUGAAGUGGCAGCUUUUAAUAUCAUAUUAAGUAUCGCAAUGGAUUAUGUCUAUUUUAUUAUGUACUGUUCUAUCAGUUUAUUAUUUCUCGAUUACAGACUUUCUGCAAAAGCACAUGCCAAUCUCUCUGGAAAGUUAAGUGAAUAUGGUCUUAUCGUGCCAUUCAGUACAGACUCCCGCGGCCGGUACGUUUCCCACGUGGUCUCAGCCGCGUCUGGAGGUAAAGGCGGGGGCGCGCGCCCUGGACGAAGACGGGUAGCCCGCAGCGCCUCCGAGACUCUUUCUGUAACCUCAACCGGACAACACUUAUUUUUCAACGUCACUGUUUUUGGGAAGGAAUUGCACUUACGCCUAAAAGCCAACCGAAGACUGGUUGCGCCAGGUGCUUCCCUGGAAUGGCAGGAAGACUUUGAGGAAAAGGCCCAUGAGCAAAUUAAUGGCGACUGCGUUUUCACGGGGGAUGUAUCCGAUAUGCCCAAGGCCACGGUGGCAAUAAGCAACUGCGAUGGACUGGCAGGCCUGAUUCGCACUGGUAACGGAGAGUUUUUCAUUGAGCCCUUAGAGAAGGGGCAGCAGGAAGUGGAAGAGAAGGGGCGUGUUCACGUGGUGUACCGCAGGUCCGCCGUCAAACAGGACCCAACCCAGAGGAGGGAGGACGUCCACAGCGAAGUUUCCGAAUUUGGAAUCGGUGAACUUCACAACAAUUUGGACCUGAUGGAGCACAAGCUGUCCGAGUCGGAACGCCAGCAUUCUGAGUCGGAGCGCAAGCGCAGGCAUGCCAGGAAGGACGACUACAACAUGGAGGUGCUGCUGGCCGUGGACGACUCGGUGGUGCGGUUUCACGGGAAGGAGCAUGUCCAGAACUACGUCCUGACGCUCAUGAACAUCGUUGAUGAAAUCUACCACGAUGAAUCCUUGGGAACCAGCAUCAAUAUUGUCCUUGUUCGUAUGAUAAUGGUCGGGUAUAGACAGUCCGUAAACCUGAUUGAGAAGGGGAACCCGUCGCGCAGUCUGGAGCAGGUGUGCCGCUGGGCGAACACGCAGCAGCGGCGGAACCCAGGCCACGCUGAGUACCAUGAUCAUGCCAUCUUCCUUACAAGGCAAGAUUUUGGUCCCGCAGGUAUGCAAGGCUACGCCCCCGUGACCGGGAUGUGCCACCCCCUCCGCAGCUGCACGCUCAACCACGAGGACGGCUUCUCCUCCGCCUUCGUCGUCGCCCACGAGACCGGCCACGUGUUGGGCAUGGAGCACGAUGGGCAGGGGAAUCGCUGUGCGGACGAGACCAGCAUGGGGAGCAUCAUGGCCCCUCUGGUGCAGGCGGCCUUCCAUCGCUACCACUGGUCACGCUGCAGCAAGCAGGAGCUCAAUCGCUACAUCCACUCGUACGACUGUCUGCUGGACGACCCCUUUGAGCACAAAUGGCCGAAGCAGCCGGAGCUCCCGGGCAUUAACUACUCCAUGGACGAGCAGUGCCGCUUCGACUUCGGCGUGGGAUACAAGAUGUGCACGGCUUUCCGCACGUAUGACCCCUGCAAGCAGCUGUGGUGCAGUCACCCCGACAACCAGUACUUUUGCAAAACCAAGAAGGGCCCCCCUGUGGACGGGACGGAGUGCGCACAUGGCAAGUGGUGCUUUAAGGGCCACUGCAUCUGGAGGUCCAGCCAGGAGCCGUACGGCCACGACGGGAGCUGGGGGUCCUGGGGGAAGUUCGGCUCCUGCUCCCGGACCUGCGGGGGAGGGGUGCGCUCCCGAAGCAGGCAGUGCGACAACCCACCACCAGCCUAUGGCGGCAGGGACUGUCCCGGCUCCACUUUUGACUACCAGAUGUGCAACACGGAGGAGUGUCCCGGGCCGUACGAGGACUUCCGCGCCCAACAGUGCCUGCAGAGGAGCAACAAGUACCACCAGAACAUCAAGCACUCCUGGCUGCCGUACGAGCACCCCGACGAGGCCCAUAAGUGUGAGCUGAGCUGCCAGUCCAAGGAGACGGGCGAGGUGGUGUUCAUGAACCAGGUGAUGCAUGAUGGGACACGCUGCAGCUACAUAGACCCCUACAGCGUGUGCACCCGCGGGGAGUGCCUGCAUGUGGGCUGUGACAAGGAGGUGGGGUCGUACAAACAGGACGAUAAGUGCGGAGUGUGCGGAGGGGACAACUCCCACUGCCGUACCGUCAAACUGACCCUCACAAAGACGCCCAAGAAAACCGGCAUGCUGAAGAUGUUUGAUAUCCCCGUCGGAGCCAGACAUAUCCUCAUAGAGGAGAACGAGACCUCUCCUCACCUCAUUGCUGUUAAAAAUCAAGUGAGCGGCACGUUCAUCCUGAAUGCCAAGAGCGAAGAUGCCAAGUCGAAGACGUUCAUCGAGAGCGGUCUGGAGUGGGAGUACUCGGUGGGGAGCGGGAAGGAGAGCCUGAAGACCAUUGGCCCGCUCCACGAGGGCAUCGUAGUCCUGGUCAUUCCUCAGGAGGAAGAUUCCAAAAUUAGCCUGACCUACAAAUACAUAAUCCAUGAAGACCUGCUGCCUGUCAUUACCAAUAACAACGUUCUGCUAGCGGAGCUGGAUACCUACGAGUGGGCGCUGAAAAGCUGGUCACAGUGUUCAAAGCCCUGUGGAGGAGGAGUCCAGUACACGAAGUACGGCUGCAGGAGGAAGAGCGACAGCAGGCUGGUUCACCGGAACUUCUGCGACGCCGGGAAGAAGCCCAAACCGAUCCGGAAGCGCUGCAACAUGAACGAGUGCAGCCAGCCGGCGUGGCAGGUGCAGGAAUGGGGCCCAUGCAGUCGGACGUGUGGAAAGCUGGGCUUCCAGUCCAGGCUGGUGCAGUGUGUGCAAGCGCUCCACAACGGGACCACCAGGACUGUCCACACCAAGUACUGCACCCAGGAGCGGCCCGAAAUGAGGAGGCCCUGCAACCGGUCCGCCUGUCCCGCCCAGUGGAGGACAGGUGCCUGGUCCCAGUGCUCAGUCAGCUGUGGGGAGGGAAUUCAGCAGCGGCAGGUCGUGUGCCGCUCCAGCGACAGCAGCCUGGGCCAGUGUGAGGCAGAGAGGCCCGAAACCGUGCUAAUCUGCAAAUUGGCACCCUGUCCAGGGCAGUUAAUAUUGCCCUCCUCCAGCGCAGACCUGUUUGUGAAUGGGUCCAUAAAGGAUGAACUCUUAUCCCAGGUCAUCCCUGACAACCUUGUGAAUAAAAUAUCCUCAAAUGACGCCUGUCUGGGUGAUAAAUCCAUAUUCUGCCAGAUGGAGGUGCUGGCUCGCUACUGCUCCAUUCCAGGCUACAACAAGCUGUGCUGCGAGUCCUGCAGCCGGAUCCUGGACUCCACUACACCAACCGCCAACCUCAACAAGUCCACCACGGCGAUGCCUAAUUCCACGGGUCCUGUCCCGCCCAGUUCCGUCCCACUACCAGAGGCAACUCUUACCCUGGCCACUCAGAGUCCCCCUCAGACCACCACGGAGUCUUCCGGACGGCUUCUUUCGACCGUGCAAGGCCCGACUGUCCCCACUCCCAGCCUGAAGUCCGCUGGACCCCCAGCUGCAAGCGACCAGGCCACUCCCAGCCUGAAGUCCGCUGGACCCCCAGCUGCAAGCGACCAGGGUUUGACUGAGCGCCCUGCCAGGGCCCCACCCCUGACUGAGCGCCCUGCCAGGGACCCCCCCCUGACUGAGCGCCCUGCCAGGGACCCCCCCCUGACUGAGCACCCUGCCAGGGACCCCCCCCUGACUGAGCGCCCUGCCAGGGACCCCCCCCUGACUCACAGCCCUGCCAGGGACCCCCCCCUGACUCAGAGCCCAGCAGGUGACCCCCCCCUGACUGAGCAUCCUGCCAGGCCCCCCCCCCUGACUGAGCACCCUGCCAGGGACCCCCCCCUGACUCAGAGCCCAGCAGGUGACCCCCCCCUGACUGAGCGCCCUGCCAGGGACCCCCCCCUGACUCAGAGCCCAGCAGGUGACCCCCCCCUGACUGAGCGCACUGCCAGGGACCCCCCCCUGACUCAGAGCCCAGCAGGUGACCCCCCCCUGACUGAGCGCACUGCCAGGGACCCCCCCCUGACUCAGAGCCCAGCAGGUGACCCCCCCCUGACUGAGGGCCCAGCAGGUGACCCCCCCCUGACUGAGGGCCCAGCAGGUGACCCCCCCCUGGCUGAGGGCCCAGCAGGUGACCCCCCCCUGGCUGAGGGCCCAGCAGGUGACCCCCCCCUGGCUGAGGGCCCAGCAGGUGACCCCCCCCUGGCUGAGGGCCCGGGCUCCGGCACCAUGCAGACUCUACCUCCCCGGCCGAGGGCCCCCCCGCGACAGCUUACCUCAGACUCCGGUCAGAACAGCACUUUAGCCUCCACGGGCGUCACCAGGUCAAGAAGGGAAGAUGCUGAGCCUGAGAGGGCCCGGACUCACACAGCCCUGCCCCUGGAGACAUGAGCGGGGUCCACCUUCCUCUCUCUCUCGCAGUGAGCGCACCCACAGACUUAUCCUCACCUUUCCAACAACUUCCUGAUGAAUUGCUUUGUGGACUUUCAACCAGGUGCUGCAAGUGAAACUAUUUUGAUGCCAGUGGACUUAGACCAGUAAUGGUUACCUCGAAAAAAGAAGCAGAGUAAACUAAAUGCACAAAUACUGCAUUGCAAUGCAUUCUCUGCUUUAAUUAAUAAAUGGAAUGAAAUAUAAAAUUAAGGUGCUGUAAACUAAAAGGACUACAAGACAUGCAAAAAUAUAAUGAUGACUGCAUUUGUUAACAUUUCCUUUUUGACCCUUGUACAGUUGUUAACCUAUUUUGAGUGCAUCAGAACUACUGUUGUACUUACGUUGUGAAUAUGUGUGGUAUGAACGUAAUAUCUUUUGUGGAAGCUGUGAUGUAUAGAUGCCAUGUCACUUGUGACAGGGACCUAUGUAACCCCACCUUUUGGUGCUUUAUUGAUGAUGUGUUUUUACAAAAUCUGCUUCCAGGAGACUGUCCUCAAUACCCUGCCCUAAAGACUAAAACACCAGUGAAUGCCUGUCCUCCUCACUCCCUACUGUAGCAUGCAUACUGCUUUUGUGGAACUUGCAUAUGCUUUUAAAAAUAUUCUCAUAUUUUUUUAACUGAUAUAUUUUCCAAGUAAAAUUGUAUAUAGUGUAAAUUUCAGCAGCCUAUGAAAAGAAUUAACAGCAAACCAUGUAAUUUAAAGUAUAAUGUAAUGGGAAAAUACAGAAGAGCUUGGAGUCUGGAGCGUGUGGUUGAUUGAAUGUCAGCCAUGCUUGGCUGAACAUUAUUUCCUCCCUGUCUGGUGGUUCACAGCGCCACUGAGUGUUCUGUAUAGUUCUGUAUAUACCUGAAUGAGCUUUAAAUGUUAAUAUUUAUUAAAUUUCAAAAUGGUAGAAAAA